GUAAAACUAUUAUACACACUGGAUAUAUAAAUUAAUACAUACAUUAUUUUUUUUAAACAGGAUGCCAUUUAAUUAAUAUUUCUCAAUAACAGUGGUUGGAAUAAAUCGCAUAACACAUUUGUCCGAAUGGAUUUAUAUUUGUGGCUUCCGACAAAAGGACUUUGAAGAAACUGUGUACCUGUUUGGCGCCAAAAUGACCGAUUACCUAAAUUCAGUGAAACAACUUGUCGAACGCUUGAGUUUACAAUCGCCUAGCGGAAUAGGAUCGUCCCGUGUUUCCGGAAAGAAAUCUAAAACUAAGGAAAAAGCACAUGGCAUUGUUUCAGACGCGGUCAUUUCCGAACACCAAGGUGAGGUGAGAUAUCGCCACAGGAAGAAAACUUUGGAGAAAGAUUUGCCAGAAACAAACAAGCCACGUAAGAAAAGCAAGACUGAUAUUUCGGGUAACACAACACACCGCCAGUCGGUAUCUUUAUAUCAGCUAAUAAAACAAAACAAAGAGAAGCUGUCUGGUAAAAGUAGUGCAGAAUGUCACCUGAAAUUGUCACCUACAAACUCGCCAAUAUCACCACAAGACAUCAAACGAAGAACAAUGUUUGAAUUUAAUGUGUACGAUGCUAAUACAUCUGACUACGGGGAAAGCCACUCGAGCCCUACUUUGUGUCAUAAACGCAGCCCUCGGCCGAGCAAAGACCUGGCCUGUUGUUCGUUGCUAAGUCCGAUAAAUCCGUUUGCAUCAGAACCAUGUUCUCCGACGAAAAUCCGAAAUACCGGACAAACUGAUUUUACGAGCAGUGAAAAGUUUCAGUUUCUGGAUACGGAAUUAAAAUCUCCUUUAAACUUAAGUCCUGUAUUCUUAGACAAGGAAAGUACAUCUGUCCCCAGGACAAACAGCAAAACGUCCCGGUCACGACUGUCAGCAUCAAAAAGCAUGCCACUGUCGCCGCCAGCCGAAAAUGCUGAAAGGUCUGCUCGACAAUUUGGUGACUUCCAGCUUAAACUUGACACCCUAAGAGCGGAAUUGCUGGCCAUGAGAAAAGGCGACCAAGAACUGGCGAGAAAGCUUCUCAACUUAUAUUCUGAAAUACAGAUUUUAAAAGUAAAGAACUCGUGUAUGAACUACAGCGAACUGCUUGACGAAGCGAUGUAUGAGGCGGAAAUAGCGGAUGAACUUCCGGAUAUGUGUGAUGCGCCGCAAAAGUUUACGAAUAAACUGCUGACAAGCCAUGGUGUUACAAGCUUCAAUAUUCAUUCAAGGCGGUUUUCAUGCAGUUAACAGAAAAAAGUUGUUAUGCAGUCUACCGCAGUCACAUUUAGUUAAUGAAUAAAUGAUAAAAGGACUUCUAGUGGUACAUGUACAUCUAUGAUAUUAACAAAAAUCAAAUCAUUAGCAGUCCUGUACAGAGAUCAGAAAGUGAAACUAUAUUUAAAUUUAUUCAUUUAUUU